CUUCGAGGCCGCUGGAGGGCGGCUCCUGCUCUGGUAAACAGAAACGCGUGAAGAGGUGGGCGUUUAUGAACGUUGUCAACCAGGAAGGCGAUACCUUUCCUUCGCUGGAAAACAUUGAUCUCACACAGCCUACACCAGAAAAGAACACCCCGGAGUACCAGCAUGACUCUGUUUCAGAACUGGUCAGUUCUGCUUGACCUGAAAAGUCUGCCUUUUAAAGAGAGGAAGAAACUCCAAUCUGCAAUCAAAGAGAAUGGCGGCUGCAUGUCCUAUGUGGUUAAUAAACAGUGCUCUCUGGUUGUCAGUAGCGACGUUGCGUCCCUGAGCUCCAGCCGGUUCCGCAGUGUGCAGAAGCUUGGCACGCCCGUUGUCGGGCCGGACUAUGUCUCCCAGUGCCUGGAACAGGGAGUCCUCCUGCCCCUUGAUAUGUACAGGCUGGAGGUACCCUCUCCCGGACCGUCCUACCCCCCUCCUCAUCAUAUUUCUCCUCCACCCUCUCCUCCUCAUUGCACUGAGAAAGAAGCCAGACCAUUGGCCGUGCAGUGUGUAGACCCGCCCCCAGUUCUCAAAGCUGUCCAUCAGGCAGAGGAGACAGGGCAGCCUGAACGAGAUGGAAGAUUUUACACAGAGAAGGAUAUUGACCUUCCGACAUAUCCAGAAGACUUUCAAGUGGCCAAGUAUUCAAUCUUUAAAAAGGUGACAGGUGACGCCUGGUGUGUGGUGGAGCUGCAGAGCGUCAGAGUGGAGGGGGUGCAACGGUACCGGGUGGUCCGCUCCAGGAUGGAGAGCCAGGCGACUGGCCGGGUGAUCCAGUGGCUGGCCUUCCCCAGGAUCUCCACGGAGGCUGUGUACACGUACCUGUCCCUGAGGGAGGAAGUGCAGGGCGAGGGGCUCCAGCCCCAGCUCCUCCUCCCUGUGGACGCCCCGGAGGAGCUGGGCUCCGCAGCCCUGAGGCUGCUGUUGCUGGAGGAGAGACUGAACACAGGAAGUCUGCCACAGGAAGUGGGGGUGUUUGUGGAGCUGCUCUGGGCCGAAGCCCUUGGUUGCCUCGACAACGUCCUCAGUGUCCCGGUCACCGACCUCAGCCUCAACGACGUGAGCAGGGCGGAGGGCCACCUGCUGCAGGCCCGGAGGCUGCUGAAGGAGGGCCGCCAGGCGGACGCCUCCACUGCUCUCAUGGAGCUCUACGCCCUGCUGCCCCACCGGGAGACUGCCCCCCCUGUCCCCACCGCCCGCCACCUCUCCCUGAAACUGGACCUAUGCCAGCUGAUCCGAGACAUGCUCAACGUCAGCGAGAUGAACCUGAGGUCGCCCGUGUCCCUCAGUGUGGGGAAGUACCGCUCCCUGAGGUGUGGCAUCGAAGUGGUUCCCCCGGAAACACCAGAGUUCCGGAGGGUUGUGGCCCGGCUGUCAGACAAGAAGGUGAAAGUACUGCAGGUUCUGCGUGUCAGUCGGUGGGAGGACCAACAGAUGUUCAAGAAAGAGGUUGGCAAUAUUAAGCCCCUCCUUCAUUCCUCGGCACCAAGCAACUUUAUGGGAAUACUGUCUCGUGGUCUGCUGCUUCCAUGUGUUGGAUCAGAGGAUCAUGGAAUAGAGCGGACGGACAUCGGGAACCUCGGCAGUGGAAUCUACUUCACCGACUCCAUGCGCACCAGUCUGAAGUACUCCAAGCCCAGCGAGGCCAGCGGCUCCAGGCUGGUCCUGGUGUGUGACGUGGCUCUGGGGCGCUGCCUGGAGGUCAGGAAGAAGCACCCCCGUCUGACCCAGCCCCCCGACACCUACCACAGUCUCCAUGGGCUCCGACACACCCCCGCCAACCACUCCCAGUUUGUGGAUGACGAGUAUGUGGUGUACAGCACUGGGCAGGUGAUGCUCAGGUACGUGGUCCAGUUCACUGUAGAGGAGGACCGGCUCCGAGAGUUCACCCCUUCCAUUGAGACCUCCUUAUCACCGGCUCUAUACGACACCUGCCAAGAGUUUCACCUAGAGGUGAUGGAGUUGGAGAGUAAGAAGAACCCACUGGAUGAUGUCAGGGCUGGGCUGCAGGACGCCUCGGGCCAACAGCUCCCCCUGCAGGCAGUCCAUGUGAAGUGCAAGCUGAUGGACCUGCUCGCUCGGGUGAUCAUCUUCCAGAAAUACACCAAUCAGAGCAGUGUUCCCAUCGAGGCCAAGUACGUGUUCCCAUUGGAGGAGCGCGCGGCGGUGUGUGGCUUCGAGGCCUUCAUCAACGGGAAGCACGUGGUGGGACAGGUGAAGGAGAAAGAGCAGGCCCGGAAGGAGUACAAGCAAGCCAUACAGCAAGGAGACGGAGCCUACCUCAUGGACCAGGACGCCCCGGACGUGUUCACCAUCAGCGUGGGGAACCUGCCCCCUGGGGCCACCGUCCUCAUCAAGGUCACCUUCGUCUCCGAGCUCAUCGUCAGGGACGGCUGUGUCCUCUUCUCACUUCCUGGUAGCGUGGCGCCAUGGCAACAGAGUGCGGCACUCAACCAGACCACGCAGGCCAGUGUGGAAAAGACAUGUGUGACUAAUGAUGCCGCCAGUUCCCGUGAGUUUAGCCUGCAGAUGUCCGUAGAGAUGCCCUAUGAGAUCCUGAGGCUGCAGUGCAGCACUCACAGAGUUCAGAUCAAGACAACAGCCUGUAAGGCGGUAGUUAACGUGCUCCCAGGUGAGGUGGUGGGGGCUGACGGCUUCCAGCUGUCAAUCACUCUUUCUAAACUCCACCUCCCCAGGAUGUGGGUGGAGAAUCAUCCCGACAAGGACAGUCAGGCCUGCAUGCUGGUGUUCUACCCAGACUUCCCGGUGGGGGUUGGGGGUGUGGACGAGGUGGUGCUCCUGCUGGAUGCCUCUGAGUCCAUGGUGGAGGACGGGGCGGUGAACGCCAGAAGGAUCGCCCUGGAGGUUCUGAAGGCUCUGCCGCCCAGCACCAGGGUCAACGUGGUGUUCUUCGGGACAGAACAAACUGAGCUCUUCAUCUCUGCCAAGCCGCUCAGCCACGUCCUCCAACCAGCCAGGAAGUUUAUCCUGGCUACGCCACCAACAGGGGGCAGCACUGAGCUGUGGCGGCCCCUUAGGGCUCUCAGCCUGCUGCCUCCCUCACCUGGGCCCAGGAACCUGCUGCUGCUGUCAGACGGCCACAUCCAAAACCCCGGCCUCUGCCUCCAGCUGCUCCGGGACAACAACCAACACACCCGCCUCUUCACCUGUGGCCUCAGCUCAACAGCCAAUCAGCACAUGUUGAGAACCCUUGCACAAGCAGGGGGCGGAGCCUAUGAAAUGUUUGACACGAAAACCGAACACAACUGGAAAGAAAAGGUGGUGUCUCAGGUGAAGCGCAUGGGCUCCCCGGGCUGCAGCUCGGUGUCUGUAAAGUGGCAGCAGUUCAACCCCACAGCGCCCCCCCCUGUCCAGGCCCCCCAGCAGAUCCACUCCCUCUUCAACGACCACCACACGCUGGUGUAUGGCUUUGUCCCGCACUGCACACAGGCCCUUCUCCAUGGGAACCUGAGUGGGAUGGAGGUGGUCACCAUGGUUUCCACCAGCGAGCUGCAGAAGACCCGGGGCACGUUCCUCCACCAACUGACGGCGAGAGCGGUCAUCAGAGACUAUGAGAACGGAACGCUGUCCAUCGGUCAAGCUGAGCACGAGGGCAAGAAGGCGGAGCUUAAGUCGUUCAUCGUUGAGCUGAGCAAAGAGUUCUCCAUUCUGUCCCAGUUCACCAGCUUUGUGGCCAUCGAAAAGAGGGAUCCACAACGUCCAGAGGAGCCAGAGCUCACAGACAUCUCUAAAAUAAUUGCAGAAGAAGAUGUAGACUUCCUGUCGUACAUGGGUUGGAACGAGGCAGAUGAGGCGGAGGAGGAGUGGGGAGAAGAGGAGGACAAGGGUUGGAUCAUGGACGAGGAGAGCGGGGAAGAAGAGGGGGCCGAGGGGAGGAAGAAGAACGAGGUGGAAAAUGAAGAGGAGGACUAUGAGGAGGCUGACGAAGAGGAUGAUGAAGAGGAGGAAGAGGGGUACGGAUUGUAUGUGGGUUGUUGCGCUACAGAAUCUAUUGACGAUUCCUUCGAUUCUCCUCCAUCUUCGCCUCUUGCACUCCUCCAGCAGAGUGCUGCCCCUGCUCCUCCCCCCCCACCAGCUCCCUCUGACUUAAAAGUUUGCAUACAAAGUGCUGCCCCUCUUUCAGAACUGGAUGACGGAGAGGAUUAUGAAGAGCUUGGGUGUUGUAGCGCUGCAGAAUAUAUUGACGAUUCCUUCUAUUUUCUUCAAUCGUCUGAUGUACUCAGCCAGCAGCGUGCUGCCCCUCGCUUCCCACCAGCUCCCUCUGACUUACCAGAUUGCAUUCGAAGUGAUGCCCCUCCUCCCCCCAUCUUUCACAGGGCCAAGGCUAUUGUUGCACCUGCUACUGAAAGAUUUGCACUUCGCUCUUACGUGAAAUGCAGUAAGCGUGCUGCCCCAUCUCCUCCCCCCGUCUUACGCAGGGGGAGGAGAUGGGGCAGCACUGUCCCCAACUUAUGGGGGCAGAGUGGUGCACCUCCUCCUACCCAAUCACAACCUUUCACUGAAACCCUCUUAUGCAGUAUGAGUGGUGCACCUCCUCCUACCCAAUCACAACUUUUCUCUAGAACCCCCUUUGGCAGGCAGAGUGCUCCACCUCCUCCUAUCCCAUCACAACCUUUCUCUGGAACCGACUAUGGCAGGCAGAGUGGUCCACCUCCUCCUAUCCCAUCACAACCUUUCUCUGGAACCGACUAUGGCAGGCAGAGUGGUCCACCUCCUCCUAUCCCAUCGCAACCUUUCUCUGAAACACCCUUUGGUAGGCAGAGUGGUGCACCUCCUCCUACCCAAUCACAACCUUUGACUGAAACCCUCUUAUGCAGGGAGAGAGGUGCACCUCCUCCUACCCAAUCACAACCCUUCUCUGAAAUCCCCUUUGGCAGGCAGAGUGGUGCACCUCCUCCUACCCAAUCACAACCCUUCUCUGAAAUCCGCUUUGGCAGGCAGAGUGGUGCACCUCCUCCUACCCAAUCACAACCUUUCUCUGAAACCCCCGUUGGCUGGCAGAGUGCUCCACCUCCUCCUGACCAAUACCAACCUUUCUCUGGAACCCUCUUUGGCUGGCAGAGUGGUGCUACUCCUCCUAUCCCAUCACAACCUUUAUCUGGAACCCCCUUUGGCAGGCAGAGUGGUGCUACUCCUCCUAUCCCAUCACAACCUUUCUCUGGAACCCCCUUUGGCUGGCAGAGUGGUGCUACUCCUCCUAUCCCAUCACAACCUUUAUCUGGAUUCGCCUAUGGCAUGCAGAGUGCUCCACCUCCUCCUAUCCCAUCGCAACCUUUCUCUGACACUGCCUUUGGUAGGCAGAGUGGUGCACCUCCUCCUACCCAAUCACAACCUUUCACUGAAACCCUCUUAUGCAGGGUGAGUGGUGCACCUCCUCCUACCCAAUCAAAACCUUUGACUGAAACCCUCUUGUGCAGGGAGAGAGGUGCACCUCCUCCUACCCAAUCACAACCCUUCUCUGAAACCCCCGUUGGCAGGCAGAGUGGUCCACCUCCUCCUAUCCCAUCACAACCUUUCUCUAGCUCCUCAUUAGACCAUGGUCAGACCAUGAUGUAUGAUCUCCCUCCAGGUGUUCCCUUCAGCAGCCCCUUUAGCCUGCAGCGUGACGCACCUCCUGGACUACAACCCCAGUAUUUGUCUGCCCCUCCCUCAAAAAGGGGGGUUCAACUUAGAGAAAAGGCCGCAAUGAAAGAAGGCUCUUCAUCUAGGCAGGGGGGGUCUUCUGAGGUUUGCAGGCGUCGACUGCGGAGGGCAAUUGAAGAUCUUGAAAUCUUCCUUCCGAGAGGUGUUGAGAAUGAUGUGAAUGAUGAGAUAAUCAGAAUGGAGCCUGAAAAAUCAACCACCAAGUGGACCAACAUCUUUCAAAUGCAAUGUUCAGAGGGCUACUGGGAGUGUUCUGUUGCACUGGGAGUGCUCCUGAAGAUGGAAAUCAAAUCAUUUGCCAACGUAUUCCUGAAGAGCAAGGGCAUCUGCUCACUAGGCGUGCGGGCGCGUGCGGACAUCCUGAGGCUGCUGGCGUCCCUGCUGGUGCUGCAGUUGAUGCGGCUGGAGGGUGUGGCUGAGGGGCGGCUGCUGAGGAACCUGUUCAGCCUGGACACGCCCCCGGAGGCCAGAUGUGGCGAGCGCUGGCGUGCGGUGAAGCGAGCAGUGGACUGGGUGCGCUGGGCCGACCACCAGUACCCAUGCAUCUACAGCCGGCUGGAGUUUGGGCGGAGCUGGGAGUCAUCCACGCGCCAGCUCCUCGGCUAUGAGCAGCCCCCGGCCGCCUCACCCCUCAGCGGGGUCAUUCCCUGGAGGGCCUCCAUUGAAGACAAGAUGCUGAAGGAUUUCUUUCUGUUUCACAGGUUCACUGCAAACUCACAUGGAAUAUGCCCAUCUCACCCUUUUUGAACACGACUUCACACAUACUAACAAUUCCAGUAUACCACAUCCAUCGUAAAAACAAAUGGUUUGCAGAUUAAUUAUGCAUGUCAUCAGGCUUUGUGAACCGAUUUUUAAUUUUUCUCAGUCUUGGGAUGGGAAUAGUUGCAUAUGUGAUGUAGACAUUCAUUUUAAACACCACUAGAAGGUUAAUAUGCAAAUUAAUCUAAAAUAUCUAUAACUGCCAUGUUUACCUACUUUCUUUACAAUUACUAGCCUGUGUAAUUAUAUCAAACAUGAUUCACAACAUUAUCCAUAGUAAUGUAAACUAAGACACCAAUUCUCUGAGAUGAUAUUGAAUAUGAUGUUGAAAACACAUAUGUCAAAUCUGGUGAAGAUCUCUUGCAAACAACCCCUUCGUCUCUACAGGCUCAAACUGUGCGUUGUGCCCUUGUAGUAAAUAUAUGAAGUUUAAACCUAGAUUCAAUAACUGUUGUAUUCCUCUUGUUUAAACAGGGCCACAGAGCGCUAUGCUGUAUUUCUUAUCGUUGUGUGAAGGGGUUAUUUUUUAACGGCCUCAUUCACAUAGAAUUGGUGUUCUGGUAGUGGUUAAUUGACUUUGAGUUGGUUAUGUAUCAGACAGUCGAUAAUUUUAAUGGUGAUGAUUGUUUCAAAUUGUUCUUUAAUCAAGGUUUAGAAUAAGGCUAGCCAAACAAAUGCAAAUGCUUCCAUCUGAUCUAAAUGUGAUUAAAAUGACCUAUUCCUGAAAGCUUCAAUCAACCAUUUACCAGUUACUAGAAA